AUGCGAAUGGAGAACACGAAAUCUCUGAUCGUAGAAAGAGGCGAAGAAAAUCUGCUGCACCAUCACCGGACUUGCACAGGAAGAAGUCCCACAGAGUCGAGGACGAUGCAAAACAGCUCACUUCGAUUUGAGGCAAUCGUUGAUGCUCUGCAAGAAAUACCAGGAAUGAACGAUGUCGUUUUUAGGGAUGCCUGUGGAGCGUUGGAAGAUGUGGAGAAAGCCGAGGCUUUUGUUGCAAUGGAUGUUGACGAACGAAAGAUUUGGUUGUUCAGAAAGCUUGGUGUAUAG